CAUACGACUUAUUCUUGUGAGAGUAUAAUGGCGAAAACCGUGAACCUCAAGAGCUCUGACGGCCACAUCUUCACCGUUGAAGAGGCAGUGGCGUUACAAUGCCAGACUAUCAAGAAUGUUGUUGAAGACACCGGCGAUGAUGAAGUUUUAUUGCCAAAGGUGAAUGGUAGAACCCUGGUUAAAGUGAUGGAGUACUGUGAGAAGCAUGCGAAGGAACCCUCUGGAUUGGAUCAGAAGAAGGUGGAUGAGAUGAAGAAGUGGGACAUGGAGUUCGUGGACGUGGAUCAAGCUGUUUUGUAUGACAUGCUCAUGGCAGCCAAUUAUUUGAGUAUAGCAGGGUUGAUUGAGUUGAUAUGCAUGAAGGCUGCUGACAUGAUCCGUGGGAAGAGUCCCGAGCAGAUUCGGGAGAUUUUCAAGAUUGAGAACGAUUUUACAAAAGAGGAGGAGGCCAAGAUUCGGGGAGAAAAUGCAUGGGCAUUUGAAUAAAUUAUGUCAAGUUUUAGGUAUUUUAGGGU